AUGCCCCACGACGACACGCUUGACAUCCCCAACAACCACAUCCAGAUCGGAGGCCGCAAGUCCGUUCUUGCCGUAUACCAGAGCGAGAAGAUCAAGGCGUUGAUCCUCGACAAGUUUCCCCAGCUCAAGUGCUCCAUUCUCGCGUUGAGCACCCUUGGUGACAAGGUCCAGACCAAGCCGUUGUACUCGUUUGGAGGCAAGGCGUUGUGGACCAAAGAGCUCGAGAUCUUGCUCUUGGAAGCCGUGGAGCAGUACCCCAAGUUGGACUUGAUCGUGCACGCUUUGAAGGAUAUGCCCACCAACUUGCCAGACGAGUUCGAGUUGGGAUGCAUCACCAACCGGAUCGACCCGCGCGAUGCCGUGGUGAUGAAGGCAGGCUCGACCAUUACCAAGUUGUCGGAGUUGCCUGAGGGCUCGUUGGUCGGCACCUCGUCGAUCCGUCGUUCAUCGCAGCUCUUGAGGAGCUACCCUCACUUGAGAUUCGAUUCUGUCAGAGGUAACUUGCAAACGAGACUUCGCAAGUUGGACGCACCAGACUCGCCGUUUUCCUGUCUAAUUUUGGCAGCUGCAGGGUUGGACCGUAUUGACAUGGGCCAUCGCAUUACCCAACGCUUGGACGCCCCAGAAAUGUACUACGCAGUGGGCCAGGGAGCGUUGGGAAUCGAAAUCCGCAAGGGCGACAAGGUAAUGAAGAAGAUCUUGGAACGCAUCGAGGACAUUCCUGCCAGCUUGCGCUGCCACGCAGAACGCUCGUUGAUGAGAUACUUGGAGGGAGGCUGCUCGGUUCCAAUCGGAGUGGGAACCAGCUACGACGAAGCUACCCAGGUGUUAAACUUCAAGGCCAUCAUCGUGAGUCCAGAUGGCACCAAUAGCGUGGAGGACGAGGUUGAGGGUGUGGUCAAGACAAAAGAAGAGGCAGAUGCGCUUGGUAUCAAGUUGGCCGACCUCUUGAUCGCCAAGGGCGCCAAAGAGAUCUUGGACAGUAUCGACUUCACCAGAAUCAACGAGCCACCCACCAGCACCAACAACACCCCUAACGACACCCCCUUGGCUACCCCCACCACUACCCCCAACGCUGCAUUCCUUAGCUAAAAGACCACGCUCAUGUGGUCUGGCAUUAAUUGUAUUUUAACAACGGCCUACGACAUAGUAUGAUUAAUAAUUUCUGGACUUUCUUUCGUAUAUAGUACUUAAUAAAAUUGGUUUAUAGAGUGUUGUAGGAGGAGCGAGAGAAGGAGCCAAGCGCGAGCCAUACCUAACCAGUGUGGUU